AUUCAGAUCAUUUUCACCUCUUCUUUUGUGUAAUAUUCAGCAUCAAUAUGGAAGUUUCAAACCAAUCAGGUAUUUCUGAAUUCUUUCUCAUUGGACUGACAUAUGCUCAAGAUGUUGAGUCAUUUAUUUUCACCUUGUUCCUGUCUAUGUAUCUUGUUACUGUCUUUGGAAACAUUCUCAUUAUACUGGCUGUAAGCUCCGACUACCACCUCCAUACUCCCAUGUACUUCUUCAUUGCCAAUCUGUCCUUUACUGACAUCUGUAUAAGCACAACGAUAAUCCCAAAGAUGCUAGUGAACAUUCAAGCACAGGAUCAAAGUAUCAGCUACACGGGCUGCCUGUCCCAGAUCAAUGGUGAUUUCUGUGAUACAGAAAAGAAGUGA